UUCAUUCAUUCAUUCAUCAUACAUUCAUUCAUUUAUUCUUUGGGCCAAAUACAGGCAGGAGGUACUAGUGUAGAUGGGACAUGUUGGUCGGCAUGGGUACUUUGGGCUGAAGGGCCUGUUUGCAUGUUGUAUGACUAUGACUCCAAGGAUCCCGACCCGAAACGUCAACUACCCAUGUUCUCCAGAGAUGUUGCCAGACCUGCUGAGUUACUCCAGCACUUUGUGUCCUUUUUUGUAAACCAGCAUCAGCAGUUCCUUGUUUUUGCAAAUACUUACCUACCCUGCCUUCCCUCCACCCACUUCCAACCUCCACCUGAGCAGAAAAUGUCUGAUAGCAGUCCGUUGUUUGAACACUCAUGGGAAACAAAGACCUGACCAUGAUCAAGAAUUAAAAAAACAUGUGAACUAUCAAACUGAUAACCUGCAGCUUUCUCACUGUUGUUUUGAGAAGGGCUUGUGAAACCUAGCAACGCAUGAAUAAUCAGUGGAUGCGUAAAUAUUCCACGCAGUGCAAUCUUUAAAUAACUAUAAAUAUGCUUCAGACUCUAGUGUAAACAGUUUAGGAAGUGAACUAAUUGGGUUAUGACAUUGGUAGAUCUGUUGCCUCACAGCGCCAGAGAUCUGGGUUUGAUCCUGACUGUGGGCGCUGUCUGUAUGGAGUUUGUACGUUCUCCCAGUGACCACAUGGAUUUUCUCCGCAUGCUCCGGUUUUCUCCCACAUCCCAAAGACGUGCGGGUGUGUAAGUUAAUUGGCUUCUGUAAAAUUGCCCCUGGUGCGCAGGAAGUAGACAUGAAAGUGGAAUAACAUAGAACUAGUGUGAACGGGUGAUGGAAUCAGUGGGCCAAGGGGCUGUUUCCAUGCAUAUCUCUACACUAAACUAAACAAAGACCUUGACUAUGUGGCUGGGAAUGAUUAACACUGCCAGUUUUCACCGGGUGUUCCGUUUCCUCCCACAUUCCAAAGACGUGUGGGUUUGUAGGUUAAUUGGCUUCUGUAAAAUUGCCCCUGGUGUGUAGGAUAGAACUAGUGUACGGGUGAUUGAUGGUCGGCACGGACCUGGUGGGCUGAAGGGCCCAUUUCCGAGCUGUAUCUCGAAACUAAACUAAACAUGUGGCAGAUAACAUGUGCCUAUUGAGUCAGCCUGGUAACGUUACUCGGUAGAAACUUCUUGAGGUCACCAUUCAGACAUAAUCAUGACUUCAAUGUACCUGUCACAAUGCCCUUGCGGUGUGAGUGUUAGUACAGAGCAGCACUACCUGUAGAGAGUGGCUGAUGUGUGAUUCAAGAAGCCCUGUGUUUAACCAAUGCUGUGAAAUAAAAGGAACAAAAUAUACAGCACACAACCUGACUACAGUCUGUUCAUUAUUUCGCUCUUAUUUAACUCUGUGAAUUGUCCCUAGUGUGUAGGAUAGUGUUAGUGGACGGGGAUCGCUGGUCGGCGCGGGCUCGGUGGGCUGUUUCUGCGCUGUAUCUCUAAACUAAACUAAACUAACAGAUUUUUGUUUAAGAAGGAACUGCAGAUGUUGGAAAAUCGAAUUGACAAAAAUGCUGGAGAAACUCAGUGGGUGAGGCAGCAACUAUGGAGCGAAGGAAAUAGGCAACGUUUCGGGCCGAAACCUUUCUUCAGAGUAUAGAAACGUGAAAAUGUAUAUCUCCAGAUUCAGGGAACAAUUUCUUCCCAGCUGUUAUCAUUCUCUCCACAUCCACUCUAUCCAGACCUUUCACUAUUUGAUGUUUCAAUGAGGUCCUACCCCUCAUCCUUCUAAAUUCCAGCAAGUACAGGCCCAGUGCCAUCAAACGCUCAUAUGUUAACCCAAUCAUUCCUAGGAUCAUCCGGUUGCUUCGGAUUCCUCCCACAUCCCAAAGAAGUACAGGGUUGCAGGUUAACUGGCCUCUGCGAAACUGCCCUUCAUGUGUAGGAAAUAAAAGAGGAAAUGGGAUAACAUAGAAUACAGAGUAACACAGUAGUGCAGCUGGUAGAGCUGGGCCUUACAGCGCCAAAUAUCCGGGUUCAACCCUGACCUUGGGUACUGUCUGUGUGUAGUUUGCACGUUCUCCCUAUGACUGCGUGUGUGGGCAUCCUCCGGGUGCUCUGGUUUCCUCCCACAUCCAAAGAUAUGUGGGUUUGUAGGUUAAUUGGCCUCUAUAAAAUCCCCCCUAGUGUAUUGGGAAUAGAAACAUAGAAAAUAGGUGCAGGAGUAGGCCAUUUGACCGCUCGAGCCUGCACCGCCAUUCAAUAUGAUCAUGGCUGAUCAUCCAACUCAGUAUCCUGUACCUGCCUUCUCUCCAUACCACCUGAUCCCUUUAGCCACAAGGGCCACAUCUAACUCCCUCUUAAAUAUAGACAAUGAACUGGCCUCAACUACCUUCUGUGGCAGAGAGUUCCAGAGAUUCACCACUCUCUGUGUGAAAAAUGUUUUUCUCAUCUCGGUCCUAAAGGAUUUCCCCCUUAUCCUUAAACUGUGACCCCUUGUCCUGGACUUCCCAACAUCGGGAACAAUCAUCCUACAUCUAGCCUGUCCAACCCUUUAAGAACUUUGUAAGUUUCUAUAAGAUCCCCCCUCAAUCGUCUAAAUUCUAGCGAGUACAAGCCGAGUCUAUCCAGUCUUUCUUCAUAUGAAAUGGAUGUGGAAGUGUGAUAGCAUAGAACUGGUGUGAACGUGAUUGAUGGCUGGUGAGGACUCGGUAGGCCAAAAGGCCUGUUUCCAUGCUGUCUCUUUAAACUAAACAACCCACUUCACCUUCCCAUUGGGUGCCUCAAUGGAUGUGCGGGUUUGUAGGUUAAUUGGUCUCUAUAAAUCCCCCCUAAUGUGUAGAGUGUGGGUGAGAAAGUGGGAUAACUUAGAACUAGUGUGAACAGGUGAUCGAUGGUCGGCGUGGUCUAGGUGGGUCGAAGGGCCUGUUUCCACGCUGUAUCUCGACACUAAUCUCAGAGAGCUCGGCCUUUUCCAUUUAGCUUGAACCUUGCAGCUCCACAGAUGACGAGCUGCGACCAGUUGCGACAUCAGGCGCCUUAUCAGGAGGACUGUUUUCAACAACACAGCUGGAAGGUUUAUUCUGGCAGCAGCACGCCUGCGCAGCCCAGCACUGCUGUGUGUUUAACUGCCGGCAAGCUGACCCAAAACGCAGUCUCUCAUCACAGCCCGGUUGCCUCUGCACUCCGGCUGACUGCUCCACGGUGAAAAAGCAGGGCCUGCGUUAAGGAGGAAGACACAGUCAGGAUGUGCUUUGAAAAAUGCGCGCGGUGUAUUGGCGUUACACUGAUACCCUUGGCUGGUUUGGCUAUUGUCGCUGACAUUUUGCUCUAUUUCCCAAACGGUGAGACAAAGUAUGCAGAGAGGGACGAGCUCACACUAUUGGUGUGGUUUUUUGAAGGAAUCGUUGGAGCGGGCUUAUUGAUGAUUUUGCCUAUUGUGGUGUUUAUUUGCCUUGAAGACGAUGAUUGUUGUGGUUGCUGUGGGAACCAGGACUGUGGGAAGAGCUGUGCAAUGCUGGCGUCGGCUGUGGUGGCUCUGGUCGGGAUCGCCGGCUCUGGAUACUGUCUCAUUGUCUCCGCUCUGGGUUUGAAACAAGGACCGUACUGCCUCACGGACCUGGGAUGGCGAUACCCUUUCAAUGACACCAAUGGAAGGUACCUCACCAACCACACCAGCUGGAGCCAGUGCAUUGAACCGAAACAUGUUGUGACGUGGAACGUGACUUUAUUCUCCAUCCUUCUGACGCUCAGUGGAGUCGAGAUCAUCUUGUGUUUGGUUCAGUUAAUAAACGGCUUGGUCGGUGGGAUUGUUAGAAGCUGCCAUUGCCAACAGCUCGGGACAUGCAAUGAGUAUGAGGUCGAGGUGUACGAGGUCACAGAAUGAUGUUUAAGGGGCAGUCACUCGGUGCCAGAAUGGAAGAGACUGGAAGCUUCUACCUCUCUGCGCUGGGUGCCCUUGCUACUGUCAUCUGCUGGUCUGAAAUCAAGCAUCCGAAUUUCGUCAGACACAUUUCACGCUGUAUUAUAUAGGGUUCUGCCAGGAUUCGGGGUAAAGUCAGAGGAAAUUCAGAGCUCAUGUGACAUUUUCAAUGACAUUAUCAUUAGACACUGAUGUGUCUGAACUGUAUGUGUGUGAUCAUUCAGCUAAUUUCCUCGCAUUUUUCUACAUUUCUACAUGCCGUGGUUUGUUCUGUUCCCUUUUAUCAGUUGCUACUGGUGGUUGCCAUGGCAAACGUUGAUGAUGGCUGUGAUCCAUGGGUUGUUUGGGAAGGAACUGCAGGUGCUAGUUUAAACCAAAGAUAGACACAUAAAGCUGGAGUAACUCAGCGGGUCAGACAGCGUUUCUGGAGUAAAGCAAGAGGUGACAUUUCGUGUCGAGACCCAGUCUGAAGAAGGAUCUCAACCCGAAAUGUCACCUAUUCCUUUUAUUCAGAGGUACAGUCUGACCCGGUGAGUUACUCCAGCUUUCUGUGUCUAUCCAUAGGUUGUUGCCUGGUAUUCGAGUGAAUGGUUAGAAUUGGAACAAUUUGUAGGCCACCUACCAUUAUGUCAACAUAGGCUAAUCUCAUAACAUGUGGAGUUGUGCAUCAUUAUUGGAUCAAGACUGGUCUAUAUGUAUCUGCCGCAUUUCAAUUACCCUUAAUAAUCAUGGUUAAUAAAACCCUAUUAAUUGCAGUUUGUAAAUUGACUCCCAACUACAAAAGCAUUGUGGAGUUUGUUGAAGACAUCUCCCAUUCAUCCGAUAUCCAUUGAAACAAUUUUUAAUCUAAUCUUUUUCCAGUAUACCAUGACUGUUAUAGAGUCAUCGAGCCAUACAGCAUGGAAACAGGCCCUUUGGCCCAACUUGUCCAAGCCCCAUGGACUCUAGUACCACCUGCCCACGUUUGGCCUAUAUCCCACUAAACCUUUCCUAUCAUGCGCCUGUCCAAAUGACUUUUAAAUGUUGUAUUAGUACCUGCCUCAAUUACUUUCUCUGGCAGUUCAUUCCAUAAACCCACUGCCCUAGAUGAAAAAGCUACUCCUCUGGUUCUUAUUAAAUAUUUUACCUUAAACCUGUGUCCCCUGGUUCUUCAUUCCCCCGUUCCAGGUUAAAGAUUCUGUGCAUUUACCCCACCAUUCCCCCCUCAUGAUAGUAUAAACCUCGAUAAGACCAGCCCUUAUCCUCCUGUGCUCCAGGGAAUAAAGUCUUAGCCUGCCUAACCCCCUCCCUAAAGCUCAGACUUUUGUCUCCAGCCAUUGUCUUUGGCAGAUAGAAGUUAAUGAGUCAAUGCUCAACCAAACGGCUACAUAUCAACCAAUGAGUACCAUAUAUAUUUGGUGUUUGAUGCUCUAGUGACAGUAUACAUGUAAACCAGUGCUUGAAAUUUAUACCCUUCAGUGAUAAAAAAAAAAAUGGAACAAUCACUCCAAGGACCAACGGAGUAAUUAUUUUUAUUCAUCAGUUAAUCCCUGCGCUGCUAAUGAAUGUCAAUAUUUAUUUUCCUGAACUUUCAAUGAUUCUUUAUUAUCACAGGUACCGAGGCAUGGUGGAAUUCUUUUAAAAGCAUUUUAAAAGUCGUAAGGUCAUAAGGAAUAAGAAUAAAUUAGGCCAUUCGACCCAUCAAGUCUACUCCGCCAUUCAAUCAUGGCUGAUCUAUCUCUCCUUCCUUACCCCAUUCUCCUGCCUUCUCCCCAUAGCCUCUGACACCUGUACUAAUCAAGAAUCUAUCUAUCUCUGCCUUAAAAAUAUCCACUGACUUUGCCUCCACCGCCUUCUGCAGCAAAGAAUUCCACAGAUUCACCACCCAGUCAGUCACUCGGUCCAAGUUGCUUUAAGUGCAGUUGGCCAUAAAGGCCCGUUGUCCUGGUGACGUUGCAGUGUCGGCCUGGCCAGGUGAAACUGUAGCCGUCCUCCACCGCUGCUCCGCUGCUCCACUGCUCCGUGCCGCUGCAGGCUACACCCGGUCCGCACGCACGCUCGCUCUCCGGGACCAGCGGACCGAUCCAGUCGAGGUCCAGCCUGCUGCCAGGAGGACAUGUCGGUGUAGCACUGAGUGUUACUGCCUCUCUGCUUCAGUGAGCAAAUUCAUUCUUGGGUGCUCCCAGAGUGGUGCUUGCGUCUUCUCCCUGUGACCAUUUGGAUUCCCUCCGGUGAUCCAGUUUCCUCUCAUAUCCCAGAGGUGUGCUGGUAGGUGACUGGAUUACUGCAAAUUAACUCAUGCGUAGGGACAUGACAAAGGAAUGAACAGGGAGGUGAAGGGAACGAGAGGGAUGGUACGUUGCUGGAGCUACAGGGAAAAUAAGGGGAGAGGAGAUAGGAUUGUUCUGCUGGGAGCCAACAUUGACCUGAUGGGCUGAUUGGCCUGUGCGUGUCGGACGGAACUGCAGAUGCUGCUUUAUGUCAAAGAUAGACACAAAAUGCAGGCGUAGCUCAGCGGGUCAGGCAACACCGCUGGAAGAAAGGAAUAGGUGACGUUUCGGGUUGGAGCGCUUCUUCAGACUGAUUGAUAGAGAUUGCCAAAUCAGAACAAGGCCGGCAACAGAUGACCCCCAGGAAGGGUGGAGUCCUUAGUGGCCCAUUGCUGGCUGGAGAAGAUGUGGUAACAACAGAGAUACAAGGAUGUGAACAGUGGGACUAGCCCUCUUCCACCCAAGCCAUCCACUGUAAUUAGCACACCUUCACCAGCCCACAAUAGGCCAUUAUGGACUCCAUGCUUACUGCCAGCAAUGGGCCAUUGUGGGCUCCAGCCUUCCUGAGGUCCUGCAUUUUGUGUCUUUCUUCAGGCUGAUUGUCCACCUAUUUAGUAAUAAAUGAAGACUACCACACGCGGCUUCCAAAUUGCUUAUCCAGACUACUUGUCAGAUGUGCCGACCACUGGCAUAAUGAUGACAAGUUGGCCACAAGUGAUAACAUUUAAUAAACUGGAUUUCCGUAAAAUGUGCACUUGUAGUUUUUGCUUAUUAAUUUCAAGUUUUGAAGGAACAUAAGAGAGAGGAACGGGAGUAGGCCACUCAGCCCAUUGAGCCUGUGCUGUCAUUUAUUGAGGUCAUGGUCUGUCCACAUCCUCUGCACCGUAUCCCAGCUCUGGCCUGUGUCCUUGAUUCUAUUAAUGUCCAGAAAUCCCUCAAUCUCUGAUUUCAAGGAACACAAUAAUUGAAUCCCCGCAACCUCCAGGUUAGAAAAUUCCAGAGAUAUGCACGAAGUGCUGGAGUAACUCAACGGGGCAGGCAGAAUCUCUGGAGACAGGGAAUAGGUGACGUUUCGGGUCGAGACCCUUUAUCAGACUGAGAGAAUUCCAGAGUCACCACUCUCUGAGCGAGGAGUUUUCUCCUUUACUUUUAGAUUACUUUAGAGCUACAGCAUGGAAACAGGCCCUUCAGCCCACUGAAUCCAUGCCAACCAACGAUCACCCCCUACACCGGCAUGAUCUCACACACCAGGGACAACUAACUAUUUUUACAGAAGCCAAUUCACCUACAAACGUGCAUGUAUUUGGAGUGGGAGAGAAACCCCACGCGGUCACGGGGAGAACGUACAAACUCCGUACAGACAACACCCGUAGUCGGAAUCAAACCUGGGUCUCUGGUGCUUUAAGGCAGUAAAUCUACCGCUGCAUCUCCGUGGCCACCCAGGAACUUUGAACUUCCAUUUUUUGUAGGAUCACAGGUUCCAAUGGCACAGUGGCAGCAGUAGGACCAGCCUGGAUGUGGAUGGGAGGUGGUGCGGGUUGGGGGUGGCAUCAGCAGCCCGGCCUGGUGGUAAAAGUCGGCAGGUCCGUCCGUUAUCACCCAAAUAUGAAGAGAUCUGUAAAAACGAGGCUUUACUGUAUUAACUUCCUGACAUCUUUGAAGAAUUGACCAAAUUCCAAACUUAAAGCUACGUUAAAGCAGCAACUCUACCGCUGUGCCACCAUGCCACCUCAUCUGAGGCCUAUACCUUAUCCUGAAAAUGUGGCCCCAACUCCACACAUCUGCUAAUAAAACUCCCCGUCACUGGUAUCCACCUAUCACUUACCAGGCUUUGACCUCUAACCCCGACCUCUCUUUUCCAGCUGGUGUAAUUCAGCGGAUCAGGCAUAAUCUCUGGAGAACACGGAUAGGUGACGUUUCAGGUCCAGACCUUUCCUCAAGUAAAUUGUGCUGGCGGGUGGUAGAACGCUGGAUGGGAGGUGGGGGCGGGACAGAGUCCACCAGGUGACAGGUGGAUAGACACUGCAGUAACUCAGCGGGUCAGGCAGCAUCUGUAGAGAAAAGGGAUGGGUGACGGUUCAGAUCAGAAUGCUUUCUCAGAAUGCCUGGCCUUUGAGUUACUCCAGCACUUUGUGUCUACCCUUGGUAUAAAUCAGCAUCUGCUGUUCCUUGUUUCAACAAGUGAUAGGUGGAUACAGGUGUGGGGCAGGUUGAUUGGCAGAUGGUUGAACAAAAGCCAGAGAUGAUAAGACACAAAGUGUGAGAUAAGGAGCUGCAGAUAGAUCAGUCUGGGGUCGUGUCCCAACCUGAAGUGUAACCUAUCCAUGUUCUCCAGAGAUGCUGCCAGACCCACUGAGUUACACCAGCACGUUGUGUCUUUUUUUGUAACGCAGAAUCUAUGUAACUAAGACAUAUACCUCUUUAUUUAAACUAAAUUUCCCACCCUUACUGAAUAAACUACAUAAGAAUAUUCAAUACUGGAAAACACUCCCCAUUUCUAUGCUUGGGAGAAUUAAUGCUAUAAAAAUGAUUUUUUUACCGCAACUGCUGUACCUAUUUCAAUUAAUUCCGAUAUAUAUUCCAAAAACUUUUUUCAAAAAAGUCGACUCCAUUGUUACAAGUUUUGUCUGGGAUUAUAAGAAUCAUAGAAUAAGUAAAAAACAUUUAUGUAAGUUAAAGAUAAAUGGAGGUUUGACUUUGCCAAAUUUCUUAUUUUAUUUUUGGGCAGUCCAUAUUAAAAACAUGAAUUUCUGGCUGGAAGAAAUGGAUCAACAACCAGAUUGGUUAAUGAUGGAAAAGGAAGACUGUCUACCUUUUGAAAUUGGACCGAUCAUAUUUGCCCC